GCUUUUAUACCGUGCACGAAGUAAUCUGAAAUCUGAGACACGUACAAUCGCGAUUCGGCACGACCACCUGGAGGAGGAUUUCCUGGCGCUGGGUCAUCGCAUUCUCUUGUCGUCACAGAUGGAAAGAAGAGGAAGAGGAUGAGGUUGACGCACCGCGACCUCCUCAAGAUGACGCCCUAUGCGUGAAAAUGCUCGCGGAUCACGUGAUCGUGUAAAUGCUCUCGUGACACGUGCUUGCAUUUUGACAUUUUUGUGAAUCAAACAAUCUACUUAUCAAACUAAUUAAAUCAUGCCAAUUAAAUGUUGUUGCGUUUGCGAGAAGAAAGAUGCUGCUUAUAAAUGUCCGAAAUGCAAGAAACCUUAUUGUUCCAUAGAAUGUUGCAAAGAGCAUAAAACUCAACCUUGUGAAUCUCCAAUAUUACUUGAAGAGUCCAAAGAAAAUAAAAAUGUCAGUACACAGAAGUAUGAAUUUCCAACGGAAGAUACAGUGCCUAUAGAGAAGUUGCAGCAAUUGCGUCACAGCAAGGAACUUAAAGAAUGCCUUCAAUAUCCUCAAUUGCGUGACAUCAUGAGGGGAAUUUUGAAUAGUUCAAAUCCUACUGAAGCGAUAGCAUUAGCUAUGAAAGAACCCAUUUUCACGGAAAUGGCCGAUGCCUGUCUAAAGAUUGUAGAACCACCAGACGAGGCCAAGCCAUACUAAUAAAUAAUUUCUAAGCUUAUAUUAUUGUUGCGUAUAAUAAGGCUGUGAUGUUAAAGAAAAAUGUAAUACUUAUUUAGUAUAAUUUAUAAAUGUAUUCAGCAAACUAUAAAAAUGUCGAGGCAGGAAUAA